AUGGGUCGAUAUGCUGUGUUGGUGACCGGUCCGGCGGGCAGCGGCAAAUCGACCCUAUGCACUUCCCUCCUGACGCACGCCCAAACCACGGGUAGGAAUCUACACCUGUUCAAUCUGGAUCCUGCAGCCGAAAACUUCGAAUUUAAACCCACCGUGGACAUUAGGGAUCUGAUCGGAUUGGAAGAUGUCAUGGAGGAGAUGCAAUUGGGACCUAAUGGAGGGCUGGUGUAUUGCUUCGAGUGAGUCUUGUGAGGAUGAAAGUGGGGCUGGGAUCAGCAUCUCAUAAAGUGUCUGCCGCCCUCGUGACCAGAUACUUGCUAGAGAAUCUCGACUGGCUGGACGAGCAGCUGGGAGCCUUCGAGGAUGAUUACCUUCUCAUCGACUGUCCAGGUGAGCCCUCUUCUACGCCGCAUAGCGUGGCAUCAGUAUGCAUUCCCACCCUUCUGAGCCCUUUCUCCACUCGCGCUCGAGGCAGGUCAAAUCGAAUUGUACACGCACACGCCUCUCAUGACGCGCUUGUUGACAACGUUGCAGCAGACCUACCAAUUCCGCCUAUGCUCCCUCUACCUCGUCGAGUCCAAUUUUAUCGACGACGUCAACAAAUUCUUUGCAGGAACGCUGAGCGCUAUGAGCAGCAUGAUCAACCUGGACUGCAGUCACAUCAAUGUCAUGAGCAAGAUGGAUCUGGUCAAGAGGGGAGAGACCGCUCAGAGGACCAAAGGCGGCAAGAACAAGAGGGAGCUUGACAGGUGAGAGAGGAGCGUUCAUGUACAAGUGCCGGAGCCAGAUGGACACACGCUGUAGCAUGCACGUAGCUCAUCAUUUCUUACGCUGAACUUUCGCUGCAGAUAUCUCGACCCCGAUCCUCUGCUUCUAAUGGAAGAAGCCAACGCCUCAUCCAAUCCCAAGUUUCAUGCGUUAAACGAGGCGAUAGUUCAGUUGGUGCGUUGGGCUCGUCGUUGACCAGAUACCUUCAUGAGCACAUUGCCUCAUAUUUACUCUGCUCCUCCCAACACAUCAGAUCGACGACUUUUCGAUGGUUUCCUUUAUGCCGUUGGACGCGACGGACGAAGAUUCCGUGGGCUCGCUCCUCAGUCACAUCGAUCAUGCCAUGCAGUACGGGGAAGACGAGGUGAGUCGAUGCUUGUUGCCGUGAGCGGCUUCACUACUACACUGCCGAGCCCGCUUUGGUCCCUUCCUUGCACCCUCGCAGGAACCCAAGGAGCCAAAGGAUAUGGACAUGGGCGAUUUCGAGGAUGCGUGA